UGGAGAUGGAUGUUGAGGGAGUUUCUCCGCGCCCGGAGCCCAUCCCCCGCUCCCAGGGGGCUGGCGGAGCCUGCCAGGCGCCGCCACAGCCGCCACAGCCGCCCCAGCCCCAGCCCCAGCCCCCGCCGCAGCCGCCGCAGCAGCAGCAGCAGCAGCUGGCUCAGGAUGAAGUGCCCGGCGAGAGUGCGGGCGUGGAGGACAGCGACGAUCCCGAGGCGAGACCCAGCAGCGAGAAAGGAGAGAGCAAGAGAUAUCAUGGACUGAAAGGUGAUGGGUACCCCAAUGAGUUCACUACGAGAUCUCAAAGAUUCCAAGCCACUGGCUGCUCCAAAGCAUAAGGCACCCUUCUGGAGAGUCGGCAGAAAGGAAGCCUGGAGGAGGCUCUGCUUUUGGCCAGAGGACAGACCACUUCCUCAGUUCUCUGGGGAACCACUGAAGGACAGUGAGGAAGAUGUUGCUGGUCCCCAGGACAGAAACAUAGCAGCUGGAGCCAGGAAGCACCUGGAGUGGGACUCAAGCCCAGCACCCCUUCAGACUGACGCUCCCUGGGCUGCCUGUGGUGCCAGAAUGGACUGUUUUUGCUUUGCCAUCACCUGCCUAACACGGUUCUAGAUGCUUUUGAAUGGUUGGCUUUCUUUCCUUUUUUUUUUUUU